AUGAUGUAGUAGAUGGAGGAAAAAGGGUAUAUAAGAACCUGUGAUCUUUUGUUCCAGUACCUUCACUUUCCUAACCACAGGAGAAGGUCUUUGCUUAUUCUCUCUGGCCAUUGAGAAUAAACGUCAUUUUUUUCUACAGCCACCGGAACUCUCUUUGUCUCAUUUCCUCAAACCUUUGUCUGCCAUUUCAUUAAGAGUUAGUUAGUUAUUAUUACUAUUAUGAGUUAGCAAGGGGAAGUUAAGGUUAGUUCGUAGCAAGGAGUUGGAAUUAGAGCAGUAAGAAACGAGGAAAAAUACCAAAAAAUAGAAAAAUUGCUGGGUUUGGGUAGAGAGGGCCCAAAGCGACAUCCCAUGUGCGAACUGGCUCCCCAAAAAGCCUAACAUGACCGAAAACUGAGGGAAAAUAUCAGGGUCACCCAGAAAUAAGACCACGUGCAGAAGGAAAUGCAAGCCUGCCAGAAGAAGACCUCUAAAAAACAAUGGCAGAACCUGUAUCUCCUGGACUAUUGGCAGCACAAACGUCCUGAUGUGCACCACAAUAGCCCCUGAAAACCUUUCAGCCUUGGCUGCCCUGGCUUGUUUGUAGGUAGAGAGGCAUUAGUAGAGAGGAGUGAGAGUUAAUUAGUGGGGAGGGACACCGUUGGAGGCUUUGCUUUUUGUUAGUUUCUGUUCUAUUACUAGGAAGCACACUAAAAAGAGAAGAGACACUGAUGGAUUUGGGCCGAGGACCCAUUAAAGUUACCAUCAAUGCCAAACAUCCUCAGUGAAGACCUGACAUCUGAGGCUACGGCCCCAAAUGUGGCCAGGAAGCCUGCAUUGGAAGACUUGCCUCCAAUACCAAAAAAGGCAAAACGGCGUCCUCUGUGGGAUCUGGGACCCCAAAAAACUGACAACUGAGAGAAAAUAUUAAGGGAGAAUAUUAAAGCCCGCCGUGAAGAAGACCAAGCAAAGAAGGGGAUGCAGGCCUGUCAGAAGAAGACAUCCAGAAAAACAAGAAAACAAUGCUGGGACCUGCAUCUCCUGGACUAGUGGCAGCACAAAAGACCCAAUGUGCAUCACAAUGCCCCCUGCAAGCCUUUCAGCCUUGACCAGCCCUGGCUUGUUUGUGGGAAGAAAGGUGUUAGUGGAGUGGAGAGUUAUUUUACUGGAGAAGAGCUGCAUCGGAAGAGCUCCCUCCAAUACCAAGGAAGGCGAAACGGCGUCCCCCGUGGGAGCUGGGCCCACAAAAAGCUGAAGAGGCCCUAAAACUUAGCAGGAGGUGUCCAGAGAAAGAGGGUAACUAAAAAAAAAAAUAAUCCCUCUGAGGAGCAUCUUAAAGUGCUGGGUCUGUUUAUCUGCAUAAGAGAAGGUUGGAAGGAGACAUAACAGUCAUGUCUGCUGCUCUCUCUCCUUAGAACAGUCCCUUACAGCAAUAAUACGACUGUUUUUCUCUCACCGUGGACGCUCUCUCUUCUGAGGGGGAAAGGGGGCGAGGAAAAGGAAGGAACCCCACCCACCACGGCAACGUUUUGAGAAACUGGGGUUAGGCUCUGCGUGCAGCUGCAAGGUCCUCUGGAUAGUGUAGUUGUUUCAGUUUCGCUAGAUUAGCUUCUAAGCUUAGACGGGACCUAGGGCCUUUAGGGCAAUGCUUCCCAAACUUUGGUCCUGUUUUGAACUUCAAGUCCCAAUAGCCCCAACCAGUCUGGUCAAAAGUCAGGAGUUAGGAACUGAAGUCCAAAGCACCUGGAUGGCCACAAUCCCAGUAUUAAUUCACUAAACUGGAGGCUUCAAUAUUCUCUACGAUUCUGCUAUAUCUACACCAAUAAGCCAAACUUUCUUUUUCUCAAUCCCAGUUUUGUAUGACAUGUUAUGUUCUCAUUGCUUACCAGUUUACCAGCUUCAGUCUUAUAAUUCCAUAAGGUUGUCACUAUACCAUUUUACACUACUACUAUUGUAAUUAUUUCUUAUGUGAUUGAAAUGUAUUCUACUUUUUCACUGUUUUUUUAAAGCAAGCAGAUAAAACUCAUGUCCCCGCCUGCCAAAGCUGAGCCUUGUCCACCUUCAAAGCAGGUCAAGGGUCCCUGUUUUGGACAGAGAAGAAAGAAUGUUGUUUGAGAAUGUGGCUGCGCCAGUGGAUUGGCAUACUCUGAUGAGAGGCAUCUUUUCUACUAAGAUCUUCUUGCUCCAUCUAUGGUUGGCUGUGUUCAGCUGAACCAGCAUAUUUUGCUUAGAAGGGUUGGUGCAUAUUUUUGACCUAGUUACAGAAUUGAUAUUACCCUGUGAUCAAUAAGACAAUGUAUUCUUAAUGUAAAACCAAGUAAUUUCUGGCAAGACACAUUUAAAAGCAGGCAGCUGCUGAAUAAAGAAGCUGUUGAUCUUGGCUGAAUUUCGUAUCACACCUUUGUUUGCUGGCAGAAGGGGGCUGGAAACAUCAUUCAGCUUCUGCCUUGAUUGGCAAGUGAAUAAAUUUCAUUGCGUAAUGUAGUUGCUGGAUGUAAAGGUGGAAUCCAAAUCUUUUCAAGAUGUGGUGGAAGUCUUUCUGAUAGAUCACCUUCUGAAAAGUAGCCUUUCUGAUAUCACAAUUACUUGUCACAUCAUUUUAGCAAAAGUGGUAUCUGUCUUCAUCUAGCCUUCAACUUCUCAAGGUUGUUAGGAGUGAAGCCAUAAAGGUAAAUGAAAAGUACUGGUAAGCUAUGGUGUUUGGUGGCUUUGGUUCAGCAUUGCAGGUUUUAAUAUGAACUUUGUAAGAGCUUUUGUUUGUGCAAAGAAUACUCAGAGGUGGUUUUGCCAUUGACUUCCUCUGAAUAUAUGUAUAUUAUUCCCCAUCCAGGUAUUAACCAUGCCUAACCCUACUUAGGUUAGCAUGUAUUUGUAUUAGGAGAGUAUGUGUGACUAAGCCUACAAGUGCCUUGUUGACUUAUGGUGACUUCAUGAAUUCCAUAGGAUUUCGUAUUAACUUUCAAGAUCAGACAGGAUCUAGAGUCCUCAGGGUAUUUAGACCUGAGGCAGAAAAAUGUUUGCUUGAGUCGGCAACUCAUUUCUAGCCCAAGGAAAAGCCUAUUUCUGACAUCUCAAAUGUGGAGAAUGUAAAAAAAACCCUUUCUUUUUCUCCCAAAUAUAAGAGGCCAAGCUGACUUGUUUCUGUUGAAAGGAAAGUACAUGUGUGUGUCAAGAUUGGCAUCUAGUUGAAUGUUCAGCCUAUUCACCAUGGAGCUCGAAUGGGUGCUGAGCAUCUCAUUGGGCAUUUUCCUGGUCCUCAUCUCUGCAUGGAAGUGGAGGCACAAGGAGGGAAGGUUUCCACCUGGGCCAAUGCCCCUGCCCUUCUUCGGCAACCUAUUGCAACUGAACCCUAAGGAUCUUCCCAAGUCCUUCCUGGCGCUGAGUCACAAAUAUGGUACAGUAUACACAUUGUACCUGGGCCCCCGACGCGUUGUGGUUCUUUGUGGACACGAGGCACUGAAGGAAGCUCUGGUUGACCAUGCUGAACAGUUUUGUGGGAGGGGAGAGAUGCCUUAUGUUGAACAGACCUUCAAAGGUUCAGGAAUUGUUUUGGCCAAUGGGGAGCGCUGGAAGAAGCUCCGGCACUUCACUCUCAUCACGCUGAAGAAUUUUGGGAUGGGGAAGUGCUCAAUUGAAGAGCGAAUCCAGAAAGAAGCGCAGUAUCUGCUGGAGAAAUUUAGAAAGCUUAAAGGUCUGCCAUUUGAUCCCACCUUCCUUUUAAGCUGCACAACUGCCAACAUUAUUUGCUCUAUUGUCUUUGGCAAACGUUUUGAAUAUGAAGACAAAAUCUUCCUUUCCAUGUUGGAUCUGACAAACAAAAUAUUUUUUGAGUUGAGCACCCCUUGGGCAAAGCUGUAUGAUAUGUAUUUUGGCAUCAUGCAGUACUUGCCUGGGGGAGACAGUCAUAUCUACAACCUCCUACAGGAGCUGAAAGCCUUGAUUGGUGAAAGAAUCAAACUCAACCAAGAGACCUUAGAUCCCAAAAACCCAAGAGACUUUAUUGAUUGCUUCCUCAUUGAGAUGAAUAAGGAAAAAAGAAAUCCUUCUACUGAAUUCACAGUGACCAACUUGGUCCUCACAGUUCUCAACUUGUUCACAGCUGGGACAGAGACUGUCAGCUCCACCCUGAAAUAUGCACUCCUCUUAUUGAUGAAAUACCCAAAAGUGGAAGAGAAAGUCCACCAAGAGAUUGAUAGUGUUGUUGGUCGCAAUCGUACCCCUGCUGUCAAGGAUAGAAUGAACAUGCCCUACACAAAUGCUGUCAUCCAUGAGAUCCAAAGGCUAGUAGAUAUCCUCCCUGCAGGAUUGCCUCAUAAGGUGAUGGAAGACACUGAGUUCCGGGGCUACCUUCUUCCCAAGGACACUAACAUCAUUACCUUACUAGGCUCUGCUUUGCAUGACCCCAAAUAUUUCUGUGAUCCUGAGACAUUCAACCCUGAGCACUUCCUGGAUCAAGAAGGAGGCUUUAAGAAGAACGAUGCCUUUGUGCCAUUCUCCUCAGGAAAGCGUGCCUGCGUAGGAGAAUCUAUGGCCCGGAUGGAGCUCUUUUUGUAUUUCACCAACAUCCUGCAAAGCUUCUCACUGAAAUCCUCUCUUGCUCCAACGGAUAUUGACAUCUCUCCCCAACUAAAUGGCUUUUUAAACAUUCCUCCUGUCUAUCAGCUUUGUUUGAUCCCUCGCUAAUCUUGCAUUUGCCAUCUUGAGGAUUAGGACAUGAAGGAUCCAUUCACAAUUUUUCUAGUAGGUAGUACAUUACACAAUUGUUUUGGUGAUAAUGUAGAAUAAAACAUAUUUUAUCA